AUGGGCAAAAUCGCAAAGAUUGAAUACUUCCGCGUGCCCCCGCGCUGGCUCUUUGUCAAGAUAACCGACGACUCGGGCGCCGCUGGGUGGGGUGAAGCCUCGCUCGAGGGCCACACGCAGGCCGUCGAGGGCUGUCUCGAUGCCUGGGCGGAGCGUUAUUUGGGACUAGAGGCAAAUGAUAUCGAACACAUAUGGCAGCUCUCGUACCGCGGCGGCUUCUACCGUGGCGGCCCGGUGCUCAUGAGUGCGUUGUCGGGGAUAGACAUCGCCCUGUGGGAUCUCAAGGCCAGGAAUCUCAACGUCCCGAUCUACGAGUUGCUGGGCGGCAAGGUCCGCAACAAGCUCAAAGUAUAUGCCUGGAUCGGCGGUGACCGGCCUAGCGACGUCGAGAUCCAAGCCAAAGCCCGGCAAUCCCAGGGCUUCACGGCCGUCAAGAUGAACGCGACCGAGGACGUGGCGUGGCUCGACUCUCCAUCGUCGCUGGACGCCUGCGUCGCCCGCGUGUCGGCGGUGCGCAGCCUCGGGCUCGACGUGGGCGUCGACUUCCACGGCAGGCUGCACAAGCCCAUGGCCAAGCAGCUCGCGGCCAGGCUGGCCCCCCUGCACCCGCUCUUCAUCGAGGAGCCCCUGCUGUCCGAGAACCUGCCGGGCAUCGCCCAGUUGUCCUCCUCCGGCGGCGGGACCACUGGAUCCAUCCCCAUCGCCCUCGGCGAGCGCCUGCACUCGCGCUGGGACGUCAGGCCUUUCCUCGAGGCCGGCUGCGUCGACAUCCUCCAGCCCGACGUCUGCCACGUGGGCGGGAUAUCCGAGAUGCGCCGCAUCGCCGCCGCGGCCGAGACGUACGACGUAGCCCUCGCGCCCCACUGCCCCCUCGGCCCCCUGGCCCUGGCCGCCUGCGUGCAGGUCGAUGCCGUCUCGGCCAAUUUCGCCAUCCAGGAGAUGAGCCUGGGCAUUCACUACAACAACAUCAAGGACCGGGAUCUGACGAGCUACACGCGGAAUCCCGAGGUCUGGGACGUGGACAAAGGAUACAUCAGCCUGCCGACCGGUCCAGGCUUGGGGAUCGAGGUCGAUGAGGAAGAGGUCAGGAAGUUCUCGGUCGACUCGAAAGCGUGGGUGAGUCCGUUCUUUACUGGACCAGGCGGGGAGUUUAGAGAGUGGUGA